AUGGCUACUGAGAAUACAUCAGGACUUUCAGAGUUUGAGCAGAAGCGUCUCGCUAACAUCGCUGAGCGUGAUGCUCUACUCAAGCAGCUCGCCUUGGAGUCUCAGUCUUCAGGCCUCUUUAAAACCCCCAAACUACCGGGCAACAAUGGUACCAAGCCAAAGAAGCAUACCCCAAAGCGACCCAAGAAGGAGGAGGAGUCCGCUCUACCCGUGCGCAAGUCAUCACGGUUGAGGGGCUUUACGGCUGACAGCGAGGUUGUAAAGCGCAAGGCCGAGGAGGAUGCCGAGGCCGUCAGAGAAGCUGAACGUGCGAAGAGAAUUCGCAGGUCAGACUCACUCAGCCAGGGCGACAUGUUCGUCGCGGGGCAGAAGCUUAGUGGUGACAGCCUUAUCGGCGUGGAUGUCAUCACUAAGGGUGUCGCGAAACCAUAUGAGCGGACCUUUGGGGACGAGGAUAUCCAGAAAACUACCGACAAGGACCUCAAGGCGCUGCGGGAAGAAAUGAAUAACCUGAAACUAUGGGAGGCCUGGGAUCCCCAACGCAUUAAAAUCACACCCGAGAGAGUCUACACUAUGGCUUUCCACCCAUCAGAAUCCAAGCCAGUGAUCUUUGCUGGUGACAAGAUGGGUCACCUUGGGGUUUUGGAUGCGUCGCAAGAAAAGCCGAUCCCGAGUGACGCGGACUCCGAUGAUGAUCCAGAUCCUGUCUUAACCACCUUGAAACCGCACACGCGCACCAUUUCCUCGAUGAUGGUUCAUCCCUUUAAGCCAACACAUUUGUACACUGCCAGUUACGACAGUUCAAUCCGGGAGAUGGACUUGGAGAAAACCACGUCUGUUGAAAAAUAUGCCCCAAAAUCCAAAGCUCUCGACGAAGCCCUGUCUAGCCUUGACAUGGCCCCGGAUGACCCAAAUACGCUGUACUGGACCACUCUCGAGGGGGAGUUUGGUCGCUACGACAUGCGCAGCUCUCCGUCUGAGAGCACAGUCUCCAGAUGGCAACUGUCGCCGAAGAAGAUUGGCGGAUUCACGCUGUGCCCGUCCCAACCGCACUAUCUGGCAACCGCCAGUCUCGAUCGCUUCCUGCGGGUGUGGGAUUUGCGCAAGCUGUCUCCCGAUGAACCUGUCGCUGUUGCCGAACAUGAAAGCCGUCUUUCUGUCUCGCACGCUGCUUUUAAUGCCGCCGGGCAGAUUGCCACUUCCUCUUACGAUGACACCCUCAAGAUCUACGACCUCGGCGCCAAGGGCAUCUCAUCCUGGGACCAGGGCCACACGCUUUCGGACAAGGAGUUUGUUCCUGACACUGUCGUCCGACACAACUGCCAGACCGGCCGUUGGGUCACCAUUCUCCGCCCCCAAUGGCAACUCAACCCCCAGUCGCAUAUCCAACGUUUUUGCGUCGGCAACAUGAACCGCUUUGUUGACGUCUACAGUGGUUCCGGGGACCAGCUGGCUCAGCUCGGCGGCGACGGCAUCACCGCCGUCCCCGCAGUGGCUAUGUUCCACCGCAGCAAAAACUGGGUUGCUGGCGGCACGGCAAGCGGCAAGGUCUGCUUGUGGAUGUAG